GGACGGCGCCCCGCCCCCUUCCCUGACAGGUUGCCCACUCCAACCCCCGCCUGCUUCCCGGUUGACGGACCGAGGAGUCGGAGCGGUCGGAGGCUUUUACGCCUGUGGCGUGCCGCAAAGCAAAUCUUCAGAAGACUAGAAGACUCUUCUCUGGGGAAUCUGACCAGCCCAAGAGGAACGAUCCAAGAUGUUGACAUCAGAGGUUCCCAAUAAAGGCCACUCAGAUCACCUAAGUGAAGCUCACUCUGGAAGCUGCAACCAUCUCCCUCAAGAGAUACCGCCUCUGUGAGAACAGGUAUCUUAUCUGACACGUUCAUAGCUAUAUCCCAGUACCUGGAACAUAAAAGUGCUCAAUAAAUAUUGAACGGAAAAAAAAAAAGUGUGUUAUGUAUAAAAGUGGAUACUUUCUAUGAUAAAUGAAAAUGGCCAAUUCUUUAAGAGGAGAAGUAUUGAAUCUUUACAAAAAUCUGCUGUAUCUUGGACGAGACUAUCCAAAAGGAGCAGACUAUUUUAAAAGGCGUCUGAAGAAUGUUUUCCUUAAAAACAAAGAUGUGAAGGACCCAGAGAAGAUCAAAGAACUUAUUGGACGGGGUGAAUUUGUAAUGAAAGAGCUAGAAGCCUUAUACUUCCUUAGGAAAUAUAGAGCUAUGAAACAACGCUAUUAUUCAGAUACCAACAAAACUAACUGACCAUUAUGACUAUAUAAUUUGACUGAAAAUCAGUGCCAGUUGUUUAUGUCUACCAAAUAUUAUAAAAAUAAUCCUAACUUAAAAUGGCAAGAUAUGUCAUGUAAAAAAAUAUCUGAGCUGCCUUAUGUGAGUUUCAAAUUCUCUUCAUACAGAGCUUUAUCAGCAACCCUUUAUGCUAAUUUUUUAUAUUAAAAUAGCAAUUUACCUACACAAAUUGCUAAAUACCAAUUAUAAAUUAAUGUGCACCAAAUUUUGAAUGAAAAUAUAAUAUACUUAAAGUACAUUUUUUAACUAACAGGUUUUCGCCACUUAUUCUUAGUCCAUUUCUCCAUUUUGCUGGCGAGAAUGCCAUUUAAUGAACAUUUAACUAAGCAAAAUAAUUUCUUGCAUACUUAUUCCCCUUAACUUUUGAAGGAGUACCUUAUUUUUGACCCCAUUUGGUACAUUAGCAGCACAUUUUCAAGGUUCACUACAAAACAAAUAGCACCUGGUAAUGAUUUAAGUGCAGUUCUAGAAAUAAUAAUACGUAUAGAGUAAGAUUACUUCUGAACUUGAAAUAGCCUGCCAACGACUUGCAUUACACACAUACCUAUUUAAUUAUUUCCAUUAUUAAUUUUGCUGCUGGCUCCCUUUGGGCCUUAAAACAGAUCACCUGUUGUGUAUCAAUUACCUUCUUUGAUAAAAGUAAUAAAUAAUGUUACUCUUUUCUUUUGUCAUCAAGACAGAUCUGUUUUGCAUCUACUUGUAAUGGGUUUACAUGACAAUGAACCUAAACUUAACCUGGUUUUAAGUUUAAGCAAACACUUAUAAUCUUUACAUAAUGUUCACAGCACCUUCCAUAAAUAAAGAAUAUUUCUAAUUUA